AUGGUCCAUUUGAAUUCGUUAGAUUCCAGUAUUUCUAAUAAUGCAUCUCUUCAAGAACCCGCUCAGAUCGAUCAUUCUUCUCUUGAGGCAAGUUUUGUGUCUCUUCCUAAUCGAAUAAUCACUCGAACCUCAACUAUAAUAGAUGCUAUUAGAGAUGAUAAUCAAUACGCCAGCGAAAUUGAGUCCAAUAAAGUUUCUCCGGCUACUUUUGGUGCAACCAAUCCGGAAGAAAAUACCAAAUCUCCAGAUGCUCUAGCCAAUUAUAACGGAGAAUAUAAUAAGCAGGACUUCAUUGAUCGUCCUCCAGAUGGUACUUUAUGGGGAUGGAUAAGUGUUAUGUGUGCUUGUUCUCUCAAUACUUUUAGUUGGGGUCUUAAUAGUGUUUUCGGAGUAUUUCUCAACUAUUACGUCAGUUCGGAUAAUUUUCCGGGUGCUACCAUGGAGGAAUAUGCACUUAUUGGGGGACUUAGUGUGGGUCUAAGUUUUAUGCUCUGUAAUGUAGCCAACACUCUAGUGAGACGUUUUUAUUACAAGUAUGUCAUGUCUGCAGGUAUUGUUUUGCUUGUUGUUUGCUAUAUGUGUGCAGCGCAAGCUACCACUAUCGUUCAGUUUAUCAUGUUACAAGGAUUUCUCCUUUCUAUUGCUUAUGCUUUAUCUGCCGGUCCUACUUUUGUCAUUAUUCCUACUUGGUUCCUUAAAAAAAGAUCGAUAGCUACUGGAAUUGCCACUGCUGGUAUCGGUCUUUCUGGUGUAAUUUUUAGUCGAUCAGUUCAGGCUAUCAUUGACUCAACGGGCAGUUAUAAAUGGGCUCUUAGAAUGAUCGGUAUAGUUUGUGGUUUCAUGCUAACCUUAAGUAUGCUUCUUAUCAGGAGUCAUCGUAGCUUGCAAAUCGAUACAGGUCGUUCACUUUGGGGCGAUAUCCGUGCAAGUUUCACUAGGUGGGAUAUUUAUCGUCAAAAACCAGUGAUGUAUUUGAUUCUCUGGAAUUUCAUCUAUAGUUUUGGCUACACUAUUCUUCUCUUUUCGAUGUCUUCCUAUGCCACUGCAAUAGGUCUUACUAGCGCCCAAGGAUCUAUUGUUACUACAGUUCAGAGUGUAGCUCAGGUCAUAGGAAGGCCAUUGUUGGGUUGGUUAUCCGAUAAAUAUGGAAGGGCCAACGUUACUUUGGUUGUCACAACUUUAAUUGGUCUUCUGUCAUUCUGCUGGUGGAUUUUUGUGAAAAGCUAUGUCAAUUUGAUUAUUUUUGCUUUCUUUGUAGGAGUAACCGUUGGUAUUAACUGGAUUAAUUUCUCUCCACUAUGUGCAGAUCUUGCUGGUGGUGGAGAUGAUUUGCUAGCUACAGUUUCCUGGCUAUGCUUGAUUGGUGGUCCUCCUAUGAUAGUCUCCGAGAUUAUUGGAUUAAAAAUGGAAAGGCCAAACGAUAGUCAGCCAUUUUUGUACUGUCAAAUAUUUGUUGGUGUUAUGUGCUUUGCUAGUGUUGUUGCUCUCUUCCCAUUUAGGGAAUUUAAAAUUCAUAGAAUUCUACAUGCAAGACGGGAUUUAAUUCAGAAGAAAUCAAAGGAGAUUCUAGACUGUGAAGAUCGUACGAGAUUGAAUAGAUAUAACCUUCUCUUAGAGAAGAGUUCAAGGGGUUAUAUUAUCCGUUGUUUCUAUCCUAUUAAAGCAUAA